CCAAUUUUACUCCAUAAUUUCCACUCACAGACAAAACAAAUUGUUGAAGACUGUAGCUAAGCAGAGAUAAGCCUCCAUCAUUCUGUUCGCGGCUAUCCUAAUCCUUAUCGUUAACUUCACAUUCUUUCUCUUUACUCGCCGGAUAAAAUGGAGGAUUCCCUUAACGCUUCCGGCAACUUGUCCCGCAAAGUCAUCGCCGUGGCCGCCGGAGAAGCUCACACUCUCGCCCUUACAGGAGAUGGGUACGUGUAUUCAUGGGGAAGAGGAAUGUUUGGGCGACUUGGGACCGGUUCGGAAUCGGAUGAGCUUUUCCCAGUUCGAGUCAACUUUGAUACUAGUAAUGAGUCUGAAGAGAAAAGGCUCAAGUUUGUGGGAAUUGCUGCUGGUUCUUAUCACAGUAUGGCUCUUGCAGAUGAUGGAUCAGUUUGGUGCUGGGGUUAUAACACCUAUGGCCAACUUGGCAUGGAUGGAGAGAAUGCUGUGGUGCCUCACUUGAUGGAGCAGUUUCUUGGGCUGAGCACUUCUGAUUCUGUAACAGACGAUUCAGAAACAAAGAAUACAGUACCAUUAAAGGUUUGUUCUGUUAAAUCUGGAGGUAUGAUGUCUCUAGCAAUUGACAAUCUUGGGAUGCUAUGGAUGUGGGGCAAUUGCCCGCAGCAAAGCAGCAAUUCUGAGGAUGGUUUCUCGCUAGUGAGCAGUUUCACUCCAACUCCUGUCUGGGAUUUACAUGGCCAUACUGUUGUGAAGGUUGCAUGUGGAAAUGAACAUGUUGUAGCAUUGGUUAGUGUUGGAGAAACAUAUAAAGGUGAAGAUCUAGUAUGCUAUUCUUGGGGGAACAAUGGCCACGGCCAGCUGGGUUUGGGUGAUAAAGAGAGCAGAAUUCAUCCUGAAAUUGUUGAAACAUUUAACCAGGACUCACCCUGGGCUGUUUAUGAGGUAGCUUGUGGUGCAUUUCAUACGGCUCUGAUCGCUCACAAAAAGAGACCAAGUGACAAAUUAGAAAGUACAUGCUGGACAUUUGGCCUGGGUGACAAUGGACAGCUUGGACAUGGAACCACUCAAAGUGCACUGAAACCUGAACUUGUAUAUGAAUUGCCACGUGACGCAUACUUGGUCUCUGUUGAUUGCGGUUUAUUUCAUACUAGUGUUGUUUCAUCAGCUGGAGAUUUGUGGUCGUGGGGAAUGGAGAAAGGGCUUGGCCUUUGCCCGAAUGCUAGUUUUACGGGAACAGAUGCAGGGGACGCAAUGUCACCUCUGCGAAUAAGAGGGCCUCAAGAACCUAGAUUUCAGGAUCCAGUUCAAGUUGUUUGUGGAGCAGCCCAUACUGUUCUUGUUGCAAAUGAUGGAUAUAAGCUUUGGUCCUGGGGCAGGGGAAGAAGUGGUGUUCUUGGAACCGGGAACACAAAUGAUUUUUUCAUCCCUACUGUCGUCCUGUGGCCUCCAUUAACACAUGAUUUCAAGGACCAAGAAUCGAACAAAGCUACCGAGGAGGAUAAUACUGAAAGCAAGGGAUCUGAAGAAGCUACAGAACUGGAAAAUAGAUUGUCUUCAGCAAUGGAGGAGAUGAAGCUCCUCCAAUCAAAACUCUCAAUAAUGGAAAAAUAUGCUGGUGUACUUCAUGGUUCAAUUUUUGGUAAACCUUUUACAGAAGAAGACAUUCCAAACUCUCUGCGAAACUCAGGUACUUUUGACAUUGCCAAAGAAUGGGAGGAAAUGUUAGAAUCAGCAGAUCGCAGUAAGCUUAUUAGGUUGGAACUUUUCUACCGAAACAUGCUUGCAGGUGUUGAAGAUAAGAAGAUGAAAAGAAGGAUUCAAGAGAUCAUAAAGGAGUUUAUCCCGUCUUCAACUACUGGAAGUUAAUACAAUAAAACUUCAUCUGAAUCUUGCUCCUGUAUGAUCCCACAAGAUUGUGUAGUUCUUGUAACAGUAUACACUGUACCCAUAUAAAAGUUGCUGCAGAAUAAGGGAAGUUGCUCAUGAAAAGCAAUGAUUAAUUCCCUUGGGAGAUAGAGAUGGUAUGUAUUCUUAUGGAGGGAAGAAAAUAAAGCAAAUAAUAAUUUCAUAAA